AUGGCGGUGAUCUCAUCGUUAUUAUUCCCUCCGUCGUCAUUUCUCCGACGAUCAAUCACGAUCUGCUCCAACAACACAUCGGAAUCAAUGGCGACGAAGAAGUACAUAAGCGAUGGACAAACAUCGAAGCGUGUCGUUGUCUGCGGCGGAGGCGUAAUUGGCGUCUGCACGGCGUAUUUCCUCGCCAAAAAAGGAAUCGCCGUCACUCUCGUCGAGAAAUCAGCCGUCGCGUGCGCCGCUUCCGGUAAAUCCGGUGGAUUCCUCGCUUUCGAUUGGUGCGAUGGAAGCCCAGUUUCUCCUUUAGCUCGCGCGAGCUUUAACCUCCAUAGAUCUCUCGCUGAGGAGCUAAACGGUGUCGAGUCGUACGGAUACAGACCAGUCACAACUCUUAGCCUCACCGUGAAGGAAUCGUCGAAACCCAUCUCCGGUGGUUCUGAUUUACCGGCGUGGAUCGACGGUCCGGUUAAAAGCCCAUCGACGAUUGGUACGACUGAAACCACAGCACAAGUGCAUCCUCAGUUAUUCACUCGGAAACUGUUAUCGACGGCGACGAAGAAAUACGGUGUUGAGGUUGUGAUCGGAAAAUUGGAAGAGGUGAGAGUGGAAUUAGGGCGAGUUGACUCGGUUUUGCUUGAAGGUGGGCGAGUUAUUGAUACUGACGCGGUGGUUCUUGCGAUGGGUCCAUGGUCGGGUAGAUUUGAGAUGUUGUCUUCGAUUUUUAGGGUUUAUGGUACUAAAGCUCAUAGCAUUGUACUGGAACCUAAAGAAGCAAAUGCUAUAACUCCUCAUGCUCUGUUCUUAACUUAUCAUCCUUCUAAUGGUGGUCAAGCUUUGGAUCCUGAAGUUUAUCCUCGUCCCACGGGUAAAUUUCGAGUGAUUUUUCGAUAUGUGUUGGCUUAG